AUGAUCAACCUUGUCCAGAACAAGAUGUUCCAUGGAUUGCCAAGUGAAGACCCCAUUGACCACCUUGAUGAGUUUGAUAGGCUUUGUGAUUUGACAAAGAUCAAUGGUGUCUCUGAAGAUGCCAUCAAGCUGAGACUCUUUCCUAUGUCUCUAGCUGACAAAGCUCACCAAUGGGAGAAGAGCUUGCCCCAUGGCACAAUCACCACUUGGGAUGAAUGCAAGAAGGCCUUUCUUGCUAAGUUUUUCUCCACCGGUCGCACAGCCAAGCUUAGAGGAGAGAUAUCCAGCUUCAUCCAGCGAAACAAUGAGACAUUCGCAGAGGCUUGGGAGAGGUUCAAAGGCUACACAAGUCAGUGCCCACACCAUGGAUUCAACAAUGAAUCACUACUCUCCACUCUUUAUAGAGGAUGCUUGCCUAGGUAUAGGGAGAUGCUAGACACAGCUAGCAAUGGGAACUUCCUCAACCAGGAUGUAGAUGAUGGCUGGCAACUUGUGGAGAACAUAGCUAACUCAAAUGGAAGCUAUGGAGAAGAGUAUGAUCGCACCAACCGGAGCUCGACCCACCACUCGAUCGAGUCAGACGAAAAGUUGAGAAAAGAUGUUAAGGCAUUGAAUGAGAAGUUGGAUAAGCUGAUCCUAGCUCAGUCCACAAUGAAGAAAGUCAACUUUGUGUCUGCUGAGGAGAUGGAACCAGUCCAAGAAGGGGAGGAUACACAAUUUGCUGAGGUGUGCUACAUGAGCAAUGGGCAAGGAGGUUACAACAAAGGAUACUAUAAUACAAGUCCAACCCUGCCAUGUCAUACCGCAACACUGAUGUUGCUAACCCUCAGGACCAAGUCUAUCCUCAACAACAAGCAGCUCGAUCGAGUCAAGCCACAACAUGGGUAUGGUCAAAAGAACAAUUACCAAGGACCACAAGGCACUUUCCCUGGACAACAAAUGAAUAUCCCACCAGGCUUUCCCCACCAACCACCCCAGCCUGCACCUUCACAAGAGAAUGAGCUCAAGGCAAUGCUAAACAACUACUUCAAGGGCAAGCUGAUGGGUAGUGGACACAAGCAAGAAGCUAGCUGA